CGGAUAUACUAUCAAAGAAAACGCUACUAGGGGUACCCACAAAGCACUUCUGGGUAGCAGAUCCAGACUGGAACGAUUUUGGUGUUAUAUGGAGUUUGUAGUUUCUAAGGGAUACUUGAGUGAUUUGACCACACUGUAGGAUACUAUUGUCUCGGGUUCGGAGCCCGUAAACAUCUCACUUCACACCUUCUAAUUCAGAUUUUAGGGGCCACGAGGCAGUCUGUGUGUGUGCAUGAUCAGAGGUUUAUGUAACCAUGAUGAUGAGCUUGUUAGCUGUUACAUUAAUUUAAUCAUUUAGCCAAUAAUACAUUACAGCCAACAUCUAAAUAUAAGAUAAACGUGGAAAGGAAUCUCAAAGAAAACCGACCAACUCUUUUUUCUUUUUUUCUUUCUUCUUCUUCUUCUUCUCCUGCACUUUGAGUGGAAUGGACAUCUACUCAUCAUCUGCAAGACAAAAUGAAGGAGAUGCUCUCCCCUACCUCAACAAGCCACUCCUCUCACACCAAGACCUUGAACAUUCCAGGACAGUGGAAAGCCAGAACCACCUGCAAUCACAGACUGGAACCACAUUCCUCAGGACUUGCUUCAAUGGAGUAAAUGCCUUGUCAGGAGUUGGAAUAUUAUCAAUUCCAUAUGCACUUGCUGAAGGAGGGUGGCUUAGCUUGCUACUUCUUUUCUUGAUGUCGAUCAUUUGUUUCUACACUGCAAUUCUUUUAAGGAGGUGUAUAGACGCCCACCCACAUAUCAAAACCUAUUCCGAUAUAGGUGAACUUGCUUUUGGCCAUAAAGGAAGAACCAUGGUAGCGCUUUUCAUAUAUCUUGAGCUGUAUCUCGUUGCCAUAGAAUUUUUAAUAUUGGAAGGUGAUAACUUGGAGAAGUUGUUUCCAACUACAAGUUUUAGAGUUGCAGGACUGAAUAUUGGUGGGAAACAAGGUUUUAUUGUGCUUGCUGCCCUUAUAAUUUUGCCAACGACCUGGUUAAGAAGUUUGGGCAUGCUUGCCUAUGUUUCUGCUGCUGGUGUCUUCGCUUCUAUUGCUGUGGUGUUUUCUGUGUUUUGGGCUGGUGCAGUGGAUGGCAUUGGAUUCCAUGAAAGAGGAAAGUUCUUGAAUUGGGCUGGAAUGCCUACUGCUAUCAGCUUAUAUGCAUUUUGUUAUUGUGGCCAUGCAGUGUUUCCCACUCUAUGUUCUUCUAUGAAAGAUAGGAACCAGUUCUCCAAGGUGUUGUUAGUCUGCUUUGUCAUUUGCACCCUCAACUAUGGAUCAAUGGCUGUUUUGGGCUACCUGAUGUAUGGAGAAGGUGUUAAGUCCCAGGUGACAUUAAACCUUCCCGUUGGAAAAGUUAGCUCACAUAUAGCAAUUUUUACUACACUAAUCAAUCCUUUCACCAAGUAUGCAAUUAUGGUUACUCCUAUUGUAAUUGCAAUUGAAGAUUUGUUUCCAUGCCGUAACAAGUCUAUUAGCAUCCUUAUUAGAACAGUGUUGUUGAUCAGUAAUGUUGUUGUGGCAUUGACAAUUCCAUUUUUCGGGUACCUAAUGGCAUUUAUUGGUGCAUUUCUUAGUGUCAUGGUUUCGCUUCUGCUGCCAUGCCUGUGCUACCUCAAGAUUUCCAAGGCUUCUCGGAGUCCUGGACUUGAAUUGGUCAUUAUUGUUGGAAUUUUGGUAUUGGGAUCUCUGGUUGCGGUCUUGGGGACUUACAUUUCUCUCAGUGAGAUUGUAAACCAUUUGCUAGCUUAACUUCCUAUGGACCAUAUGAACAGACGACAGCAGCCAGCCAUAUUUUCAAAAUCUAUGUAUGUUUUGUUUUCAUAGAUAAAUAAGACAGUAACUUGUUUAUGAACAAUCUUUAUUCCCGUGGAAAUGUUCUUGGUCUUGUAGCAA